CUGAGGAACUCACGCCGUCCCGUCCGUCUAACGCAGUCUGUAGAUGACAGAGGCGAGAGAAGGCCAGGAGUCGGAUCGAUGGAACCUGCUGCUGCUUUCCACUCAGUCUGGAGGAACCAGGGAGGCCCGUCCGUUUGUUCGUUGCUUGUAUCAAUUGUUGUGAAAGAUGUCCAAGUUGAGAGGCCGAAGUCCGGAACGUUCACGAUGUUCUUCUGUCGAGAGCAGGGGUAUUGGGAUCUGUGGAGAUUGAUUUGUUGUUUUCUGAUGCUUGCCCUCUGCAAUUUGCCAUUUGCCAUAUGCCCUUUUCUUUUUUCCUUUCCUUUUCUUUUCUUCUUUUCUUUUUAUAAUUUAUUUUUAAGGGGAAUUUUUCUCCUCUGUGUGUGUAUGUUUUCUUUUCUUCCCUUUUCCUUUCGCUUUGACUUCGUGAAAUUUUAAUCUUUUUCUUUUGUUGUAAUCCUGUGUUUGUUUCUUUUUUUUCGUUAAAUAUCAUCCUAGGAGACCGAGGAAGAAUUUUGGUUGCGAGCGUCCUGUGAUGAGCCUUUUUAAUCAGUAGAAAGAAACCAUGGAUAGGAAUGCGUAAAGAAAACCAUACUCACUGGAGGUUUCUGGUUGCUACUACAUGCCGACUCAACUUCACAUUGAAGGGUAGCCCAUGACGGCUGGG